UAAUUUUUUUCUUCGCUUUUUGCUUCAUAUUUAAGCGGCUGCAGGCGGCAGGUCCCACAGCAAUUUCGUUUCCACACGCGUCGACGAUGGUUAACCAAAAUCCGCGCUUUUAAUCCAAUCCAAUCAAACAACAGCAUCAGAAGAUACGAAUUAAUUCGCGAACAACAAUGCAUUUGCCCCAAGGAGCGCUGAGCUUUCUCUUUAUCACUUGCGUGAUGUUCACGCUGGCUGGCGGCCAUCCAUCAAGCGACAAGCUGAAGAUCCGCAUACACGUGCCGGUGAAGCACCACACACAUAUCCACACGAAGACGGUCAUUAAGAAGGUCCCGUUGCCCAUUCCAGUACCGGUCAAGGAGCACCACGAGCCGCCCAAGAAGCACCACAGCCGCAGCCACCACCACCACGAGCACCAGGAGGACGAAAUGGACGACGACUUCGAGGGCUACGAGUAUCCCGUGAAGGCCAAGCGACGCACGCGGCAUCCCUUUGUCUGAGUGUCUGCAGGGGCAGGAACCACCCACAAGAGGCCCCAGCCGCCGUCCCCCACCCCCCGCCCCCCACACUCCACGCAGCGGGGGAAAUGGAAUCAAAUGAAAUACAAUUUACGCAGAUUAAGGCAAAUACGAGUAUAAACCAAAAUACGAGCCAGCAUGAGGGCGAAACAUAAAGGAAAGGAAGGACAAAACAAUGGAAGGAAGGAAUGAAUGAAGAAAGAAGGGGAAGUCUGGGUCUGAUUUGUCACUGGUUUUUAGUGUGUAAGCAGAGUAAAAAAGGAAGAAGGAGUAAAAGGAGGCGCCACACACACUUCUGUGCAAUAAAAUAAACAAAUAUUACA